AUGUCGAAGCCAGCUGCUCCAGACGCUGGUCACACUGAAGUUGGUGUGAGCAAGGUCGAAGCCUUCAACAAGGUCCUUUACCAGUCUGGCAAGUCUGGCAAGAUCUUGCUUUGGCUUCUGGGCGUGUCAAUUGGUCUUACCAUGUUCGCCUACGCUCUCGAUCAGGGUAUCACCACUUCCGUCUUCAACGUCCUUGCUUCUUCGACCUUUGGAACGCACAGCUCUCUCGCCGCUGUCAGCACUGCCAGUCAGAUCAUUCGAGCUAUCAGCAAGCCUUUCAUCGGCAAGUUGGCCGACAUCACCUCUCGACCGACCACCUACGUUGUCAUUCUCGUCUUCUACGUUGUCGGCUUUAUCGUCGCAGCCAGCGCCAACACCUUUGCCGCCUACACGAUCGGUGUCUCUUUCACGUCGGUCGGAAAGUCCGGCCUCGAUCUUCUGAGCGAUAUCAUUGUUGGAGAUUUGACCCCUCUUGAGUGGCGAGGCUUCUUCGGUGCAGCUCUGGCUCUGCCCUUUGUUGUUACUGUCCCCGUCAAUGGCUUCAUCGCCGAUGGCUUUUACGACAACUGGAGGUGGGGUCUGGGUAUGUUUGCCAUCAUUGUGCCUGUGCUACUCAUGCCCGCCAUCUUCACUCUGUACUCCAUGCAGCGACGUGGAGAGAAGCUCGGCAUGGUCACCAUGGCCGACUCGGCGCGUGUUCGAACUGGCGUGGACGAGACUGCCUCUAGGGGUUUCGGCUACUGGGCCAAGCUCCUCUACCAGGGCCUCAUUGACAUCGACAUCUGUGGCCUCAUCAUCCUCGGCUUUGCCUUUUCGCUCAUCCUUCUACCCUUUACCCUCGCCAAGACGGCUAAGGGCGGCUGGGGUAACGCGAGCAUCAUUGCCAUGCUUGUCGUCGGCUUCGUCUUGCUCAUCGUCUUUGUCCUCUUUGAGAUGUAUGUCGCCAAGAAGCCUCUCAUGACGAAGCGAAUUAUCAAGAACCGCACGUUCCUCGCUGCCGUCACCAUCUACACCUUCAACCAGAUGGCUUCGUCCGUCCGCAACACCUACUUCUCGUCGUACAUUCUCAUCAUCAAGAACUGGACCAACUACCAAUGGAUCAUCUUCCUGGGUAUCACCACCAUGGGACUGAGUCUUAUUGGCCCCAUCGUCGGUCUCAUCCAGCGAAAGACUCACCGAUACAAGAGUUUGAUGCUCUUUGGUGCCGCGGCGAGACUGCUUGCCUAUGGACUGUUGGUCAAGCCCAACGGCAGCAUGGUUCAGGACACGGCCCGUCUGGUCCUUGCUCAGCUGAUCUUUUGUCUGGGUUCAUUCAACGUUGUGGGUGUUCGUGUUGGUAGUCAAGCCUCAGUACCCCAUGAAGACAUGGCCACCAUGAUCUCUCUGCUCACUCUGUGGUCUACCCUUGGCUCUUCCAUUGGAAGUGCCGUGUCAUCCGCCAUCUGGACCAACGAGAUGCUUGACCGCAUGUACAAGGAGCUACCUGACCUUAGCCAAGAAAAGGUUAUGUUGCUCUACAACGAUAUCACGUCUCUCCGCGGCGACUACGCCUUCAACGACCCUGUCCGCCAGGGCGCCAUUCGUGCCUAUUCCGCUAUCAAUGGCCACAUCGCUACCUGUGCGCUUGUCCUCGCUGCCGUGCCUCUGAUCGCUACCUUCUUCAUGCCCGACUUUUACCUCGGCAAGCAGCAGAACGCUGUCACCAGCACUGGUCUCGACGGUGAGCGGGUUGAUGUUCCCCGACGAGACGAGAAUGUCGACCAGCCCAAGACUUUCUGGGGCAAGGUGGUCGCUUUCUACCGCAAGGACUCUUAA